AUGAAUGCAUUAUCAAAUCGGUGCGUCCGGCAAUUAUUCCACUACAAGAAAGCGUUAUUGCCAUUCGCGACAAAAUUUGCUUAUGUUGAAACGCGAAGAGCAUUAUCUGGUGCAGCUUUGGUUCAGGUUUCACCAAAAAAUAUACAACCGUACUUAAAGCUAAUGCGUAUCGAUAAGCCUACUGGUUUUUGGUUACUGUAUUGGCCAUGUACAUGGUCGAUAGCUCUAUCUGCAACACCAGGUUCAUUACCCGAUCUGAAAAUGCUUGCAUUAUUUGGUGCUGGGUCGAUUCUGAUGCGUUCUGCCGGUUGCAUUGUGAACGAUAUUUUUGAUAAGAAUUACGACAGAAUGGUUGAACGAACACAGUCAAGACCUCUUGCAAGUGGAGAACUUAGUAACCGACAAGCUCUUUCUGUUCUUGCAGUAUUACUAUCUGGAUCACUCGCGAUACUUCUACAGUUCAGCUGGUUCAGCGUUGCAGUGGGUGCUAGCUCAUUAUUUCUAGUUGUUGUAUAUCCAUUGGCAAAGCGCUAUACAUAUUGGCCACAGUUCGUCCUUGGAUUGGUAUUCAACUGGGGAGCACUGCUGGGCUGGGCCGUUAUACGCGACGAAUUGUGCACAGUGGUGCUUUUACUGUAUAUGGCUUCGGUGAAUUGGACUCUGAUUUACGACACAAUAUACGCUCAUCAGGAUAAAGCAGAUGAUCUGAUAGCCGGUGUUAAAUCUACUGCUCUACUUUUCGGUGAUAGAACGAAGCAUUGGUUGACUGGUUUCGCAGCUCUUACCAUGCUAGGUCUUGGAACCACAGGUGUUAUGGUGCAACAGACAUGGCCCUUUUAUGGUGCCUUAGCUGCUACCGGAGUGCAUCUUGCAUGGCAGAUUGGCACCGUGAAUAUCAAUGAUCCAAAGGAUUGCUGGAGAAAAUUUAAAACUAAUCAGUGGCUUGGUAUUAUUUUAUUUACUGGUAUUGUCGCUGGGAAUUUGUUACGGAAAGAAGAAAAAGAAGGAACGAAUCCUGCUCUCCUUGAAAAAUUUAUUGAGUAA